AUGUACGACGGCUCUUGGUAUCCAUUUGCAUGCUGAUAAAGUAGUCUCUUUCAUCUACAAUAAAUUGAUGACAUUUUUAGCGCUCUUACAUGCAGAACAAGGUUCUCUAGGCACCCCAGUGGGUAAUACAGCUGUGAAUAUGGAAACCGGACCAUGGGGAAUUCCUUCUAGAUCUGAAGCAUACAAUAGGUCCAGUGAUGUUAGCCUCUUUUCAAGCUCGCUACCUGUUCUUCUUCAUGAAAAAUGUAUGUAUUCUUGCGCAUAAUGCUAUUCUUAAAUAUAAGUUCUGGAUGCCUAUGAUAAAAUCCCCCUCUGUUAUUGUUCCAUGAUGCAGUGAACCUCUUAGAACCAGAUUCUGGCCUUCAAUCUGUUAACAGUGGCAUGACAGAGUUGGAAAAUCUUCGUAAAAAUGUGGAGGAUAAAGGUGUGGUAGACGAUUUUGACCUCGAGAAGAUUGGAAGCAUGCUGCCUGACGAUGAAGAGGAGCUUUUAGCAGGCAUCGUGGAUGACUUUGAUCUGAGUGGUUUGCCUAGUCAGGUGGAGGAAAUGGAAGAAUACGACGUUUUUGGCACUGGAGGGGGGAUGGAGCUAGACUUUGAUCCUUCAGAGAGCCUCAGCAUUGGUAUGGCAAAAGCUAGCAUCGGUGACGGCUUUGUGGGAAAUGGAACCGGACAGUACGGUGUUCCACACAACGUAGGAACAAUCUUUGGGGAGCAUCCAUAUGGAGAACAUCCUUCAAGAACAUUAUUUGUGCGCAAUAUCAACAGUAACGUUGAAGACUCAGAGUUGAGAACUCUCUUUGAGGUAAACUAUUAUUCAGAUAAAGUUUAUUGCAUCUAUAUGUAUUCCUUUUUGUUAUACGCCCUCAGCGGAAAUUGAUUUAUUCAUCUUUUAUGCCCAUGAAAUAAUCUGUAUUGUUAGUCAUUUGCCUCGUGGCUUUGCUUCUCUCGACACUGAUGGUUGGAAUCAAUGGGUUUUGCCGAUUUCUUGUUUCCUUGCCUCUUAUCAGUUUGUUCAUUAGUCUCUGAUGAAUAUUCCAGAUCAUAAUGCAGUCUCAAAUGCUUCCCAAGAGGUGGGAUUCUUUAAUUUUGCAAAACAGGUCAUCUAUCAAUGUCGUAUCUCAUAUUCAUUGAAAUAUAAGCAUAACAACAAGCAUCAAUUGACGAACUUCCUGAUUGCAAACACCUGUGAUCCCCACAGAGAUGGGAAAAGUGGUGGUCAUGAUAGAUAUCUGCAGAUAUAUUAUGACUCAUUUAGAUAAUAGAAUACAGAGGUAAAUGAGAAAACAGGCAAGAACGUCCUGGAGAGAAAGACUCCAAAUGAGAUAUGAGUGCACGGAAAGUGUUUCUUUAUAGGGCAUAAAUUUGUCAAUUGUCAUAGAAAGAAAAAAAAACUGCUGAAAACGGAAAUUAAAACAUAGAAACAAGAAAAGUCCCAAGAAAAGCUUCUCUACUGAACAAGAUUGUGAAAAAAAUUAAGCGAUAGACUAAAAAAGGGUAUCAUUAUUGUCCUCAGCAAUGGAGAUUAUCCUUGUUUUCAGCAGCAUAUGUCAAAGACGGUGGCCAGCAGACUUGAAAAUCGUAUUAUUAUUUAUUUCUUAACGAAUCGUGAAAACAUACGUUAUUACCUGCCUCAAUCUGAAUUGUGGUGAACUAUUCUUUGAAAUAUGACAAUCUGUCUUCCAAAUGAAAUGGAUACUUAGUGACUAGUAAUGGUAAUGAGACCCUAUUGGAUUGGGUGUGACAUCUUGGGAUUGAAAAAUACUGUAACCGCUUCCAUCGGGUUUAGUGUUCUGUAAAAGAGAUCCUACUUGACAUUGUCCAUACCCUUGGCCCGUCAAGGCUGUAAUCUUAUGUUAAGUCAGCCAGAGUGGAGGAAUGUGGCAAGCAGGUUGAGGGCCAUUAAACACUGUGCAAUGGCUCCCUGUUGAACUUGCCAGACUUGUAAAGUGCACGACGUGAUACUGCAUUUCCAUCAUUAUCAUCAGAAUGCAUCAGGAGGAUUAUAUCUCAGUCCCUUAAGAUCCUUGAUAAUGGAGUAUUGCGUGUACCUGGAAACUAGUAGUUUGCACUCCGGAAGUGAUACAUUCAUUUUAUAGAAAGAAAUUUCAAAGAAUAUUGCUUCCCUCAAAUUGUUGGCCGCGUUCUUCCUGGCCUGCGACCUAUCUAUCAGUAGUCAAAAAACCAGAUAAGAAAAAAACCCUAAAGAUUGCUACGCCAGGUGGUGGAACAAUUUCACUGGAGCAGCAGUUGUUAUGUUUCUCCCAAUGCGGAGUAUCUUCAUGAUCUGAUUUGGUGAACAUUGAAUGGUUGGAUGACUAAUGCAUUAGAAUUUGGAGUGGAUAAUUUUUCAGCAAUUAUGUUCUUUAGAUAAGAGCUCAUUGAAGGAGAGGUUAUUAUUGUAUCUCGUUCCUGAUAAUCACAUGCCAUCCAGCCCAGGUGUCUGCUGUGUCUCUGUGAUUGAUGCUAUUGAGAGUUUAAGAUACCGUCAUGUUUUUCUCCUGCUUUUGUCUAGUUGCAUGUCGAUACUUUCAUAUCUUAUUGUGAACCGUGAAACCUGACUGAAAUUAAACUGCCUAUGUGCAGAAUCUCCAUACCAAAUGGAAAAAAUCUGCAUCAAUUUCUUAGAGACAUUUUCUUCAAUUGCAUCAUCUAUUCUCAUGUUUUUUUUUCCUUGCUUCCUCUGUUAUGUAUCUCCUCCUCUUCCUUUAUCUGAAUUCAAGAACAUGCUGUUAUAUCUCAAAUCAUGUAUUCUUCCUUUUGCAGCAAUAUGGUGACAUUCGGACACUUUACACUGCAUGCAAACACAGGGGAUUCGUGAUGAUAUCUUAUUAUGAUAUCCGUGCAGCUCGAACUGCUAUGCGUGCAUUACAAAAUAAGCCCUUACGUCGGAGGAAACUUGACAUUCACUUUUCAAUACCGAAGGUAAAAUAUAGUGUGCCUUUGAUUUCUUCAUUGUCGUUAAUCAACAUUUCGUUUGAGUUUCUGUCUAUCCUUUUAGGACAACCCAUCAGACAAAGAUAUCAAUCAAGGAACACUUGUAGCAUUCAAUUUGGAUCCAUCCGUUUCAAAUGACGAUCUUCACAAAAUAUUUGGGGCAUAUGGGGAGGUGAAGGAGGUAUGACGUAUUUUCCUUCCUUGUAAGUUUAGUUUUCCGUAAGAUUGUCUUGGUACAUAAUGUAUCUUAAAUGUUUAAUGCAGAUAAGGGAGACACCUCACAAGCGGCACCAUAAGUUCAUAGAAUUCUAUGAUGUCCGAGCAGCUGAGGCAGCCCUACGGUCAUUAAAUCGCAGUGAUAUAGCUGGCAAGCGCAUAAAGCUUGAACCUAGCCGCCCUGGUGGUGCCCGCCGAAAGUGAGUAUUUGAAAAAGGUUCUUCUUCCUUUUCUGUUCGUGUGUUUGGUUUCGAUGAUUGUUGUUCUACCAUUUUAUUGCAAGAGGACUUGUUCUCUUGCUCUUCAUAUGCUAUAUUGUACUGACGAGUGUUAAUCCUUUUAUGAGUUCAUGUACGUAUGGCUUUAAUCCCCCCCCCCCCCCCCACCCCUUCCCAGGAAAAAAGAAUAAUAAAAUUGUUCAUUGGCAGCAGUCAAAUGGUUUUAGUUGACGUUUCAGAGCUACAAGGGAGUUUAAUUUUCAAUAUGGUUUGUCUGUUGGUUCAAGGACUGUAUUUUCAACAUGGUUUUUCUAUCAAACAUUUUAGGUCAGAAUAUAUUUCCCCUGUGUAUAAGACAGUUUUCCCUGCCGCUGGCUAUUCGAGAUUCCUUUAGGUGGUAUCAUGUUUAACAACUUUCGUGUUGUUGGUUUUCAUCGCGGAGACUUUAAGAAUUUUCACCUGUUUUUAUAUCCUUUUUUGUCAAUGGAAUGUUGGACCUGUGAUAUUUAUGUAUUAUUUUCUUAUUUAGUUUCUUUUUUUGUGGUCAGUGUUUAUCAAUAAUUACUAGGCUUCGUUUAUCCUGUUUUUAGUGAUGAUGGUACAUCGAUCAUCAUCCUUUCUUUCGUUGUUUAUGUGACCAUAAAUCGCUUGUCUGCUUUCCAGCUUGAUGCAGCAGCUAAGCCACGACUUGGAACAAAACGAAAACAAAAGCUUUAGACAUCCAGUGGGUUCGCCUAUUGCCAGUUCUCCUCCUGGUGCGAUACUCUGAACAUAUGGUUUUUCUCAUGUUUUUCUUCUUUUCUGGCCUAAGCUCUAGCUCAUGUCUGGGCUUUCCUUUUGAGCUAAAUCCCACAAUGCGUCCUCGACAGGUACCUGGCUCCAAUUCGGUAGCCCAACUGAUAAUGGGCUCGUGCAAGCUCUUAGCCAUUCUCCGACUUUAGGUGCCAUGAGCCAUGUUUCUGGCAGCCAGUCAGCUGGGCUAGCGUCCAUCUUGCCUUCUCCUGUGUCCAGCUCCAUUAAGAUUGCACCAAUCGGAAAAGACCCCAAUAGGCUUAACCAUCCUGGCAUGGGGGGCCUCCCUGGCGCCGCCAACUCAUCGCAUGGCAUGGCGCUCCAGUAUUCUCACUCCUUUCCAGAGCACAGCAGCGGAAUAAUGCCAGGCAACAGCCAAGAUACGCCGGGUACAGUGUCUUCUCUUGGCCAUUCGAGUACAACUGCAUCUGGCGUGGGAGGUCUGACCAGAACUCAGAUUCUGUGGGGCAGCCCUGGUGGUUAUCCCGACCAUGGCUAUUCUUCUGCCUGGGGAGCGCAGCCUGUGGGCAAUUCGUUCACAUCUAAUGGGCAGAGUCAGGUUUUCCCUUACUCUGAUCGUCGCGGCUCUCUUCUCGGCUCAUCGCACCACCAGCAUGUAGGAUCCGCCCCCCCUGGUGUUCCAUUAGAAAGCUACUUUGGCUACUCUGAGUCCCCAGACACAUCUUUCAUGAACUCGGUUGCCUUUGGAGGAGGGAUGGGCAUUGGCCGGAAAGAAGGCAGCUUGAUUAUGAGCAUGGGGGGUCCUCGGUCCGCCAGCAGUUCCAGAGCUUCUCUCCCCGGAAGCACCGUCGGCAGUGCCGCUCCCAGCUUCAGAAUGUUACCCACACAGAGGUUGAGCCCUAUUUUCAUCGGCACUGGUUCGUACACCGGCCUUAUACAUGGCGGCUUCGAGGGCUUGGCAGAUCGAGGGCGCAGCCGGCGGGUCGAGAACACUGCAAGCCAGUUGGAUAGCAAGAGGCAGUACCAUCUCGACUUGGAGAAGAUCGUCAGCGGUGAAGACACGAGGACCACGCUGAUGAUUAAGAACAUCCCAAACAAGUAAAUAUAACGAGUCAACUCCUCUUUAUUGCUUACUCUUACUUUGCUGCGCAGCAAUGCAGCUUGACAUGGGCAUGGAUGCAUUCACGUGCUGACCAGGUACACAUCGAAGAUGCUGCUGGCUGCGAUCGACGAAAAUCACAAGGGAACCUAUGAUUUCUUCUAUUUGCCGAUUGACUUCAAGGUAAGUCAACGUCUUGCCUUGAGAAUUUUGAGAUCUAUAUCCCGGGAUCUGACGUUGGUGCUCCGCUUGUGCAGAACAAGUGCAAUGUGGGUUAUGCUUUCAUUAACAUGGUGUCCCCUUCACAUAUUGUCUCCUUUUACGAGGUAUUAACCCCCUUCCCUUGUACUCAAAAAUUCCUGAGAUGCUCUCCCUUGCAUGCUGCAUGGGUCGAGGCGUUCUAGACGACUUCAUUUUCUUCUGUUAGAUAUCAACGGAGUCGGAUAGUUCUCUAAGUUUCUCUCUCUCUCUCUCUCUCUCUCUCUCUCUCUCUCAUAUGCUUUGUCAGACGUUCAACGGGAAGAAGUGGGAGAAGUUUAACAGUGAGAAGGUGGCUUCCUUGGCAUACGCAAGAAUCCAAGGCAAGACGGCUCUCAUCACGCACUUCCAGAACUCGAGCUUGAUGAACGAAGACAAGCGCUGCCAUCCAAUUCUGUUCCACUCCGCCGGACCCGAGGCUGGAAGCCAGGUAACCACUGAUGAACCUGAUUGGAAGCAUAGAAAAUGCAUGGAAGUAUAUGGUUAUAUGAAAUGACCCAACCAUGCAUGAAUGAAUGAAUGAAUCUAUGCGAAGUCAUCGCGGUAUCUCGGAUGUUUCAGGAGCCAUUCCCCCCCGGCAAUGUGAACCCCCAGGGAGCUCUGCUCGACGGGACGAACAUGUUCACCGGUGAAGAUGUCGCCGCCGCCGCCAGAGACCCGGACGAGACCGCCGAGAAGGGCAAGAACCUCCUCGUGGAAGGAUGA